AAAUUACGGCGGUCCAAUCCGAGGGUAAGGACGUUUGCGACUUGUGUAAAUUGCUGUUGAAGAACAAGACAUGAAGGAUUGCGGACAAGAAGAAACUGUAGAUGACGGUUGUCACAUCUGGGGCACCAUGCGCAUAAUAUUCCAUAAAGUCUAGAAUGUGCUUUCCCUAAGUGCAGCAGAUGAGCCAGACAACUCAAAGAGGAGGCAAGUGGCGUGACCUGGACCACAGUCUGGGCAGGACUGCAAGAUCAGAGGUCACAACAACAGGCUUUGAAAACCCAGCUGGCACUGCACCUCAGGGGAAACUACCGAUUUUUCUGUUUCCAGCAGAACUAACAUUUUAUGCAGAAGACCAAACCAGCCACAAACAAGUCCUCACACUCUACAACCCCUAUGGAUUUAUUGUUAAAUUUAAGAUUCUUAGCACUGCACCAGCCCGGUACACUGUGGCAGAUGCUGAAGGCUAUGUGAAGCCCAAUUCCUGCAUUGACAUAGUCAUCCGACACAAAGAUAUCAGUGCACGGCACUAUGGAGUUGUAGACAAAUUCCGCAUGGAUGUUUUUGAAGAAGAACGCCGUGUUGUGUUGGGUAGGAAAGAAGUCCUUUCCAUCCUACAGCCAGGCAGGAGAGCAAUCGGCACAGGUCAAAAGGAACAACUGAGAAAGGAGUUACAGGGUUGGAGUCCUGCUCACAUGCUCCCACCCCAGCAAGGACGGGCUCCAUCUCCAGCAUUCUUUGUCCUGUAUGUCAUGGUUGGACUUACCUGUGUCACCGCCCUUAUGUUGCCUCUUCAUGAAGAGAAAAGCACUUUAGUUCCUCAGUACCUACAUGUCACCGUGAUGCAGAAGCUGGUAUGCGCCUAUAUUUUGGGUCUGCUGACUAUGGUCUUCCUCCGAUGACAAGGGUAGCAGAGCCCUCUGGGACCAGAAAGAAGAUGUAGAAACUGGAAGAAAACUGUGAAUAUUUUUGGAUUUCAUAAACAAAGGAUGGGGUCUUUCAUUAGUCAUCUACAGUGUUAACGGGGCCAAAAGCUGAACUCGCAGUACUUGACUCAGACUCUCAUGCAAAAAGAUGAUCAACUUCUUAUGGACCAAAAAGACGUUACGAAUACAGCAGACAGCAAUUUGUGCCUGCUCUUAAAUACUGUAUAUGCUUUACUGCUUCACUCCAGUCAGCUUUAUAUUAGUAGAGCUGUGAAUUACUAUUGCUGCAUUCCCAGCAGUGCAGAGCCAGUAUGUUGUUGCUAAGCUCAUUCUGGUAGCUUUUUAGCUACGUGUCAUCCUGUCAUGCUAGCGUAAACACUCCAUAAUGUAUGGACACCAGUCUGGUGAACCAGGUAGCACGCACACUCUCUUUUUUCAGGGUACAACUAUCUCAAAUGUGCACAUGCAUACAGCUACACAGCGGAUGAAGGCUUCAUUCUUGGCAUGCACCAUUUGAGCCAACUACCCUUGGAGAAUCCUGCCUGUCUUGUGAUUCAUUUCCUGUUUGUGAUAUAAACUAUUCAUAUAGCCCUAGAACUGUAGUGGGAUCUGGACUACGAUCACAAACAUAGUACUGAAUUAAACUGAAAAUCAGUUAGCAUACCAGAUAAUUACUUUUUAAACAAAUUGUCCUGAUGUACUGACAUGCUGGUGUGGAAAUGUUUACACCAUAGAGAACCAAACCUGGUUAUCAGCAUUAAUGGGGCAGACCAGGACCUCGUCUGCCGUUACAUCUUAAGGGCCAAAUGAAACUUCUUCUGUUGUAAACUUAAAGGAAAUAUCCAACAUCUGCAACUCACUUCUUGGUCAGUGGAGAAUAGGCCAGCUGCCACAUUGUGUGGGUGCAGCGAGCCUGGAUCUCUCCUGUUCUGUCCUGAAAUGUCUAUUGUGCAGUGUUGAAGAAAACAUUAAGCAUUUGCUCUUUAGUCAGAGUUCUAGAACUUGGGCUUGCUGACUUAUCAGUUUGAGACGUUGGUGCAACCAGCUAAAAUCAUCCUGUUAAGUGCAGUCCACAUGUCUGCCACCACCGCACAAGAUGUAGAACGCUGUCUUUUUAUUGUGCUUCAAGCAGCUGAAACUAAGUAGUGUUACUUUCGGUCUUUGUAUGUAUUAAUCGCAUCAUUGCACCAGCAGCGGGCUUUAAAGCUGAGCACUUAUUUAUAGGACUUGAAGGAGAAAGACUGGUCCAGUCUUAUUCAGAGCAAAUGCCUAACAAAUUGAAUUUCUAUUUUUAGGAAAUUUGUUUUUUAAUCAGUUGUACUAUAAUAUUUACUGCACACUCUGUUUAACAAAUGAAGUUUUGUUCCAUCUGCUGUAUGCAGUAGAUAACUGCUUCACCUUUACAUAGUUUCUCUUUAUGAUCAAAUAAAUAAAAGUUAUUUCUGCUUCA